CGUCAAACUAAGGCUUCCGGGCUGGUAGCUGUGGCUCGGUAUUUCACAGAUUUUCCUUUUUUUUUUAAUAACCAUUUUAAGACACGAUUGCUGAUUUUAUUUAUUGCCGAAAAUCUAGUGUUCAUACUUUAUGUAAAUAUUCUUAACGGAGCUUUCUUAACGACGAUAACUAUAACGGAGACGGUCCCGCAGCGGCUCCAUAGCGGUUGAGAAAAGAGGGUGAUUCAGUGCCAGACAUUCCAAUGAACUAAACCCCACUGACUGAGCAGCCUAAGAAGAGGCAGACUUGGUCUUCAUUCAAGCAGGGAUUUACUUACCAGGAUGCAGUUGAAUUGCUGCAUGAAAUACCCACCAGCUGCACUGGCUGCAAUUCUGCGUACUUUGUACAGACCAGCUCAGUUUGUCAUUGGUCAGAAGGGUUUGAGUAGUCUCCAGCACUGACUUCAUCCCCAAAGAUGAAAUUGAAGGAGGAUAUAAACCCGCUGUUCCUGCAGGUUUUCCGCUCUGUCGUCUGGGUCUACUCUGUCCUAACCUUCCUACCCUGGUACUUCUUUUCCGGGGCCGGAACCAAUUUGGAGCGAGCGCGUCGGAUAAAGGCCCGCUCCAUCAGCGGACACCCAGCAGGACCUUACAGGGCUAACAAUAGCCAAGAGAAGCUGGUGGCACUGGUGCAGCCAGGAGUCAACACACUGGACAAAAUGUUCGAGUAUGCAGCGAUGAGGUUUCCAUACAGGGACUGUCUGGGAACCCGGGAGGUGCUGAGUGAGGAGGAUGAGCUCCAACCAAACGGCAAAGUGUUCAAAAAGGUGAUUCUCGGAAACUAUAACUGGCUCUCGUAUGAGGAAGUCUAUCAUGCAGCCAAGUGCUUUGGUAGUGGUCUGGCAGCUCUUAAUCAGAAGCCUCACCAUAACAUCGCCAUUUUCUGUGAGACCAGAGCUGAGUGGGUCAUAGCAGCACAGGCCUGCUUCAUGUACAAUUUCCCAAUGGUGACCCUGUACGCCACGCUCGGGCCCAAAGCCAUAGUUCAUGGGCUGAAUGAAACAGAGGUCACCCACAUCAUCACAAGCAAGGACCUACUUCAGAGCCGCCUUAAGGCCAUUCUGUGUGAUGUCCCGCGCCUGCAGUAUAUUAUCGUUGUGGAUGUUAAACCCACAAGCUGGUCAGACAUGCCCGGAGGUAUCACGGUCUACAACAUGGACGCUGUGAAGGAGCUGGGAUCCAAGCCUGUUCACGUGGACCGCAGACACCCGGGGCCCUCGGACACCGCUGUCAUCAUGUACACCAGCGGCUCCACAGGCAUCCCCAAGGGUGUGAUGAUCUCUCAUAGCAACCUCAUUGCCGGCAUUGCAGGCAUGGCCGAGCGGAUCCCGAACCUCAAUGAGACAGACACCUACAUUGGCUAUCUACCAUUGGCUCAUGUUUUAGAGCUCAGUGCAGAACUGGUUUGCAUCUCCCAUGGCUGUCGCAUUGGAUAUUCCUCUCCUCAGACUCUAGCCGACCAGUCCUCCAAGAUCAAGAAGGGCAGUAAAGGGGAUACCAGUGUGCUAAAACCAACUCUCAUGGCAUCUGUACCAGAAAUCAUGGAUCGAAUUUACAAAAACGUCAUGACUAAAGUGGACGAGAUGAGCAAAUUUCAGAAGACGCUUUUUGUGUUGGCUUAUAACUACAAGAUGGAGCAGAUCUCCAAGGGCUACAGUACCCCUCUCUGUGACAGAUUAGUUUUCCACAAAAUACGGUCUCUGUUGGGUGGGAACACUCGGGUGCUGCUCUCUGGUGGAGCUCCGCUAUCGGCUGCAACGCAGCGCUUUAUGAAUGUCUGCAUGUGCUGCCCUGUGGGACAAGGCUACGGCCUGACGGAGACUUGUGGAGCAGGCACCAUCAGUGAGGUUUGGGAUUACAGUACAGGACGGGUUGGUGCUCCACUGGUUUGUUCAGAGAUCACUCUGAAGGACUGGGAGGAGGGUGGUUACCACAGCACCGACAAGCCCAACCCAAGGGGGGAAAUAUUGAUUGGAGGGCCGAAUGUGACAAUGGGUUACUACAAAAGUGAAGGCAAGAAUCAUGAGGACUUUUUCGUGGAUGCGAAGGGCCAGCGAUGGUUCUGCACAGGAGACAUAGGAGAAUUCCAUCCUGACGGAUGCCUGAAGAUUAUCGACCGUAAAAAAGACUUGGUGAAACUCCAGGCAGGCGAAUACGUCUCUCUCGGAAAAGUAGAGGCUGUUUUGAAGAACUGCCCACUCAUAGACAAUAUCUGUGCCUACGCCAAUAGUGAGGAGUCAUAUGUGAUCAGCUUUGUGGUUCCCAACCACAAACAGCUAAUGGGCUUGGCGGAGCAGAUGCAAAUAAAGGACACGUUGGAAGAACUCUGCAACAACCCCCAGAUGGAACGGGAGGUGCUCCGCAUCAUUACUGAGGCUGCCGUCUCAGGAAAACUGGAGAGGUUUGAGAUUCCCAAAAAAAUCCGCCUGAGUCCUGAGCCGUGGACACCGGAGACCGGCCUGGUCACAGAUGCAUUCAAAUUGAAACGCAAGGAGCUCAAAACACACUACCAAGAAGACAUUGAGAGGAUGUAUGGUGGGAAAUAACAGAGAGAUACACUCCAAACCACACAUUCACACGGAGCUUAAAGGUCACCUGGAGGACUGUCUCAUGAGGAUUCACAUGGAUGAUACAAACACACACAAUUACAAACACACAGACUUAUUGGCCUCAUCCUCUCUGUAACCAGGUUCAAUCAAAGGAGGCAGGAAAGUCUGGCGUCAGGUUCACAUCUUUCGGUCAAGACCAAGAGGCAGAAAGGGACCUUGCAGCACAUUCAGCCAGGCCAGCGCGCUGCAAUGCACUAGCUAACUCCGCUUUUCACAGAUCAAAUCCCAUCGAGUCGCCAUGACUACCACAUGAAGUCGGAUCUUUUCAUGACUCAAAGUGAAAAGAAUGUCAUGCUAGGCUUUGGUACAUCCAUGUCUGCGUUGCCUUUCUUCUCCCCACUACACGUUCAGGAACAUUCCACCUCUACAGCUUGGUUUGCUAACAUGCGGCGCAGAUAUCUGGCAGGGAUAUGCGAUCCCUCUUAGACUCUGAGGAACCUUCAGGUUGGAAUAUUUGCAGGGAUCUUUAUUGUGUUAAAUAUUUUUGUUUUUUUACGUGUGUUGAAAUCUUUCUUUUUAUGUUUGGUUUGGGAUCCAUGUGUGCGAUGAAAAAGUGUUGCAGAGUCAAGAGAGAUUUAACAUUAAGACAUUGAAAAUUGCCUUUUUUUUUCCUUGUUACUUGUACUGUUCAGAGGGGGUUUACCAUUUUUGUACACUUAAGUUGUAUUGUCUAUCUUUUAAUUCUCAAGGUAUGUUUUCUUCAAGUUUUUUAAAAGUCAUUUUCUCCCUUUUUGUUGUCUGGCAUCCUGAAGUUUGCUCUUUUGAGUGCAUGUUUACUUACUUGACUCCUUUAUUCUUGCUCCCAGCGAAUGCAGCAUCAGUGGGAAAAGGUGUCCUUUAAGACUCUGCAAUGACCUGCCACAUCUGCCCUGUACUCCUCCAGUCACGAUUAAUGCACCAUAUGGAUAUCUCCAAGGGAACUUAGCUUACUGUAGAAUGGUUCAAAGUAGAGUUAGAGUAACUUUUUGGCACAGUUGUAUGUUAAUCCUAUUAACCAUAGGUCAACUUACUGUUACUUUUAUCAGAUUUUAAAUAUAAAUAUGAAAUACAAAAAUGAAUGUGCAAUAUUUAUGCUCAAUUUUAAAGUAUGUAAGAAGGAAGAAAAUGCAACAGCCAACAGUCUGUUUUUUUUUUUUUUUUGGUGUAUUUAUCACGAAGCCUCGUUUAGGAUGAAGGCUUUUAGGAAAAGAUCGUCAUAGACUUAGAAGGGUGGUAGAGCGACACUGACAGCGGAGUUUAGAUAUAGCCUGUGCUGAAAAUGUUAAUUAAAACUUUAUUAGCUGGUUUUGUAAAAACUGCAUGAUUAAAGGUGCACGAGUGUACCAAAGCAUCCCAGUAAGAGAAAAAUCGCACUCCAUUCAAGCCACUGAAGAAGAAAUGCUUUAUGAGCACAUUCCAGCUUAGAGUAAAUAGGAUCAACUCAAACUGGGAUUUCUGUAUAUUUAGACUGGUUUGUGUGUAUAAUAACUGUAUGUGUAAUGUACAUAAAAAGAAUUCUGUAACCUGCCAUUUAUUUGAAUUCAUGUAAAAUAUAGCUUGACUACAGUAGGUUUCCAGAUUGAUGGUGAUGUUUAAAUAAUCGCAUAUAACAGGUGACUUUCUUCCUUCAGUAUUUAUUUGUCUAUAGACUGAAGAUGAGAAUGUUUGGCCAGUGCUGUAAUUUAAGGAGAAUAGUUUUUUCUGCUUUCUGGUACUCCUUGCAUACUGCAUCAAUAAAGGUACAGUCAGGUAGUCUGAUUCCACCUCUUAGCUUGUAGUGGUUUGAUCGUAUUAUUCUACCAAAGCAGGACCUCUCCCCUGCCUUCCUUUUGUCUUUUGUUUUUUUUUUAACACAAAAUACGUUUUCUCCCCUGACAUUUCAGUGAAAAGUCAGUCGCUUACUCUGCUGUUUGCUGCUUUUUCUCUUUGCUAGAGGCAGCCUGUUGCCUUCUGACAAAAAAAAAAAAAACCUUGAGGUUUCUAAAGGGGUUUCUGUUGAUUGUGUAGGUCACCGUGGUUUUUGUUAAUGUCACGCUCCGUAUACCUGGCCCUACCGGCAAGGUAGCAGGGGGCCCAAAGAGAUAAUUGUAUUUUUUCCACUUGCUUUGUAAAAAGGUUCAGAGGGCGGGAGGGACUGAUAUUGAAACUACAUUAAAUACUACCAAUAACAAAGCCACCUCUAAAUGUAUUUUUGUUAUUGGCCAGUUUUCAGGCCUUCUUUUUUUCCUCCUUUUGUUUGUUUUUGUGUAAUAAAGCUGAGCUACUGCAAGUUUCUUAUUUAUUUGUGAUUUGGCCUUGGCAAUUAUGUAUUGGAAAUAAAAAUGUGUGUAUGGUUAAACCUG